AUGGCACAGCACGGUUUUACAAUGAACGGGCACAAUGGGAUCGACCCGAACGAUCUCAACUACCAAACGGGGUUCCAACAACACAACUUCGGCAGCCGCAACAGCUCGUCGACCGCGUAUUCAAGUAGUUCCGCUAUCUUUGGGGAUGAUGAGUUGCUUGAAGGGUUGAACAGCCCGGGCGAGGCCCCAAUGCAAGAUUUCGGGGGGGUGAACGACAACGUUGUGGGCGUGGGUUACUCGCACGGGGUCUACGGCCUCCCCAUCAACGGCUACUCAAGCACGCCCGACGGCGACCCGAUCCAGAGCCCAUUCGCCCAUAACUUUGCUUAUCGCCAGAUGGGCCACCCGCAGUCGUUUGGCGGCGCGCUUAAGUCGCCGCUGUCCUACGGCGGCUCCCCUUUGGCCAACCCAGACAUGGGUGAUGGCAACGACAGCGCCACCAACGUAUUUAAUGCCCAGGCCCAAGCGCAGGCGCAGGCUCAGGGCCGUCUUGGCACCACCCCUAUGCAGCGCAAACAAUCGCAAGCCGCGAGGGGCUCGCUCACUCCCAAAUCUGCUUCCAUGGCUACGAUGGCAGUCAACACCGAGGGCACCUAUGGCGCUCAGCCGAUUAGGACAAGCGGGGCCCAUCACGAAAAGUCUCGCUCCGGACAAUGGAUCCAGACACCCAACAGCCUGUCCUCUUUCCCGGGCUCUGGCUUCUCCUCGCCGCUCCAGCAGGGUCUCCCGAGCACGCAGAUCAACGACCUGAUCCUCAAGGGAGGUGUGUCCAUGCCCGCUAAGCUUGGUGCUCCGUCGGCCGCUGCCUCCACCCAAGAGGCGAGGCGGAAGCGACGCCGAGAGUCUCAUAACCUCGUCGAGCGCCGCCGGCGUGACAACAUUAAUGAGCGCAUUCAGGAUCUCAGCAAGCUGGUUCCUGCUCACCGUCUGGAGGACGAGAAGAUUCGGAAGGCCAUACAAAACGGCACACCGCUGUCGCCCACUCUUUCGGGGAUUGGUGCGCCGUCUCAAGCGACGUCUUCUCUGGCUGGCCCAGGCGCUCGUCGGGCCGCGGGCGGCAAUGCCGGCAACAUCACCACGGGGUUGCCAAUCGAGGACAAGGACAAGGGCCCGAACAAGGGUGACAUCCUCAACGGCGCUGUGAGCUGGGCUCGGGAUCUGAUGUGGAUGUUGCACUUGAAGAUCCAACAGCAAGAAGAACUGAUCAAUGCUCUUUACGAGCGUGGUGGACAACUCCCCUUUGAGAUCACGGAUGAUGAACGCCGGAUGCAAUCUGAACUGCUAGAGGCUAUUGCCCGUAGUGACGAGCCUGGCGGACAGUCGCCAGCCAUGUCGUACUCGCGCACUGCUGGAUCCGGCCUCCGUGUGCCCCAUCACACUGACUACAAGGGCGAACCUCUCGGUAGCAAUGGCCAGGAGGUUGACCAUGGCUCCGUCAGUCCUGGUGAAAACGGCCACAGUAUGCAUCACGACAUGCUUGACAAUGGGGAGUUGAUCGAUUUUGAUGACGACGGAGAUGUCUUCAAGGAGGAAGAUGAGUUUGGGAUGGACUUGACGGGUUAG